GGUCAUGCGUUCUUUUCUGUUACUAAGCAACGUGAUGACGCAUUUAUAGUACAGUCAACCUUAAGUAAAAAGAACAAAGAUUUUACUUUUUCUUUACCUGAAGCAAAAUUAUCCCAAAUAUGACUGAACAUUUUCGAACAAAACCUUAAAUAUUUAUCAAGACUACCAUAGUGCUGAAAUUUAUAAUUUACAAUGGAUAAAGCAUAAUUUAAUUAUUUUAUCUCAUAUUAUUUUAAAGUUUAGACUUUGAAACAGUGUUUACUUGAAGUUGAUUAUAUCUUUUAAUAAAAAAAUGAUACGAUUUCACAAUAGCGAAAUAAAUCUCAAAAGCAGUGUGUAUAACCUGGCUGGAGAAAAUUAUUUUGAACAGUUAUCUGCAUACAACUCUAUGCGAUUUCACAUACGUCGAAUUUUAUUAGCAAAAAGUGUUGUGGAUUCUAGAAAUAAAAAAUAUAUAAAUAACAAGAAAAGACAGUUAAAAGUACAACUUUCCAGGAGAUACAGUUUAGAUAAUUUAAUUGAUCAAUUGGCUUUUGAUACCAAGCAUCAUCCUGUGGAUAUGCUUCGGAUGAAUUUAGAUAAAUAUUCUUCAUAUUGUGUAGAAGAGGAAAAUAGUGAUAUAUAUCCAUGUAAUAUAGACAAUAUAGAUUUUCAAGAAAUGAAAAUGCAAGCUACUGAUACUGAGAGUAAUGAUCAAAAUACUUACCAAAAUCAUUCAAUAUCCAAAUCAAAAAAAAUAUCACAAGAUCAACAAAAAACUAAUGGAAAAAAGCAUAUCAAAGAUUCAAGUUCAAAAAAACAUAGACAACAUUUUCAAUGCAUCAUUCAGAGAAAAUGUAGGUGUGAUGAAAAACCAAUUUAUAUUACUUGUGGAAAUCCUUUUAACUCACCCGUAAAUCUACAUCAUUCUGAUUCUGACACAAGUUCUAAUUCUGUUAUACAUGAAGACCAUGCUUCUUCAUCAUUAUCAAGUCCAAUACAAAUUUAUACAUGUAAACGUGCAGACAUCCAAGCAAAAGAGGAUGCAAGAUAUACUAAAUUUGCUUAUGAGAUUACCAAAGAAAUUAUUAAAAGCGGUAUAUAUACCGAUAAAGAACUGAAUGAAAUAUUUAAAAAACAUUUAAAACGAUAUAGAAAUACACUUGAUCUGCAUAGAAUGUUAAAAGAAAUAUAUCAAUUGAAAAUUUUUUUAAAUAUAUCAGAAGAAUCUGAUGAAUCAGAUAAUGAUAAUAUAGAAUUACUUAAUACAAAUGAAAUACGGCAACAUGAAAUCAGACCACCAACACCACCAAAGGUACUAGAUGAGAACAAAGUAAUAGGAAAGUUAUUAUCCUAUCAAAAAUUAAUGGAAAUUCAAUGCAAUAAAGAACCAAGACAGAGAAAAUCAGUUAUUUUGAUUGAUGCAAAUCCAGAACUCCUUAUAACAGAACGUGAUGUGCUUACAUCAUUAUUAGAAGUUGGUAUAGAUCCUAAACAAGCAGAAAAUAUUUGUAAAAGUUUACAUCAGAAGAGCAUGGAAACUAUUCUUGACAAUAUGGCAGAAUUAAAUAUAGAAACACUUCCUAAUAAAUCAGAUGCGAAUCUUCAAACAGAAAGUACAAAUUGUGCGGAAAACUGUAAUGAAGAUUUUACUAACAAAGAGAUUUUGGUAGAAGUGAAUAAUAAGAGUUCAACCACUGAUGAUCUUUCAUCAAAACAAGAUGAAAUAAUCCAAACACUGCGAAGCCCAGUAACUCUACUCAAUGAUAAUUAUACAGAGCCAAUGUGCUCGACAUUUUCGCGAUUACACCAAGAAGAGCACUUGCCAUCGAAUGUUGCGGAUGAGGUCACUCAAACUGAAGUACAAAUAAAUGUUGGUUCAAGAAAAAAUAUAAACAAAUCAGGAGUACACAUAACAGAAAUAUAUGAAGAAAAGAAAAGAAUUAUAAAUGAAAAUAUGCAGGUUCCAAGUAUUGCUCAAACUGAUAUCCUUGCGUGGAGUCGUGAAAAAUUAGCUGAAAUCAAAGCCAAUACAUCAAAUGAUAUUGAAAUACCGGUAGAAAAAAAUGAUUACGAAUAUCGAAUACCAAUAACUAAAUCAACAGAAGAACUUCUUUCAAAUAAUAAAGGAAAGAAAAAUACAAAAAAUCCUCACAUAAAUGAACAGGCAAAGCUAACAAAUCCAACGAAAAAAUUUAAGAAAGAAACAAAUCCAUCAAAACCUGUUGAAAAUCCAAAAGCUGUUGAUAAUAAGCCAAUAAAACGUAAUUUUAACAGAUCAACAAAAGGUGUAUCGCAAAAAAGGAACCCAGAAUCAAAUAAAUCAGUACCAAAUCCAAACAAGACAAAGAAUACUAAAGGAAAAGAAAAGAUUAAUGAAUCGAUUCAAAAGGUAUCGACAAGUACUUGUAUUUCAAGUACUUGUGGUAUCUGUAUUACAAAAUUGAAUAUGCAUAGAAGAGAAAAUUCUAAAUGUAUUACUAACGACGAGAAAUUUGAAAACAACAUAAUACAACAAGAAAAUGAAGAGGAACAAGAUGAAAUAAAGAUGAAUGAAUCAGAAUUAAAUAAAUACGAAUCAGUAGUCAACGAAAAAAUACAAACUUCUUUAAAUCAAACUAAGAAGAAUAACAAAAAAAAAAUUAUAAACGUAAAUGAUGUAACAUAAAAUAAAAACAUCCUUAUAAGUUGCAAUGUGUAUAAUAUAGUCUAUAUAUACUUUACGCUCUAUUUUUUUUAUAUUUUUAUAAAAGUUAAGGAUCAUUUAAUAUUUACAAAAGAUACACUUACACUGCAUACACAUUUAUUCUUUUAUUCGUAAGUGUAGUAUUACAGAGAUUCUCAUUAUUUCGAGAAUAUCAUGUGAAACUUGUUUUCCUUUUUUUUCCUUUCUUUUUAAUAAGAAUAAAAUAUACAGUAAAAAAUAUAUGUCUCGUUUGUGUAUAUACAUACACAUAAUUUAUCUACAAGUAAUUACACGAUGCACGUAUGAACGUGCAAGUCCGAACAAAGUUUGCACAGUUAAAUCACUGUGGAAUACGAGUAUAUUAAUAUUUUAUACAUUGCAAAUAAAUUUUGUAUAAUAGUCUAUUUGUAUCUAUUCAGAAUAAGACUUGCUUACUCCUUUCAUUAUCACACUAGGGUUGUUUUACCCCAAGUUCAUGACUAUAUGGAUCUAUUUGUGCACUGUGCUUUGUACAUUCGUUACAUCUCUUUUUUUCAGAGAAUUCGAGAUACAAGUACUUAAGUAUCAUAAUAUAAAAUACAAUUUUCAACUAAACCAUUGUAGAUACUUAAUAAUGCUUAAUAAUUAAAAAUGGUAACCACAAAAGAAAAUAAGAUAGUAUUCACCAAAAUAUACUAAAGAAAAUUAAAACAAGAUCUGUGAUAUUCUAUAUAAGCAAGCUAAUGACUCUUAUUUGUAAUAUCUAACACAAACUCAGUUAGCUAUUAAAAAUAUAACAAGUCACUUUUGAGAUGUGUAUGACUACUAUAUGUCAUAGGAAAGAAAAUAAAAGCA